AUGCCGAUCGCAACCACAAGUACUUGCAGUAACACGGAAGUAAUACCAGCUGGACGAUCUCCGACUAUUGCAUGGUACUUUCAGAAUAACUUACUCGAUCGUUUUGGUGUUUAUAAUGGUUUUGGUCGAAACAAUCCAACUUAUGGAGUGGGUCGAAAUGGUUGUGGAAAAUGUUUAAAUCUGAAUAUGUCAUUAUACCAAUCAGUCUUAAUUAACGCCACACCCUAUAUUGAUUUGCGUAAUAUCUCUUUCUCUGUCGAAUCUUGGAUAAAACCGGCGGUUGUUACCGAUGGUUUAGAACACGUCAUUUUUGGUCAGUGUCCAGCGCUAACUACUCGUCAAUGUAUGCGUACUUCGAUCGGUAAUCCUGGUGUUAUGAGCUUCCUCUUUUUAGCCGACAACCAAGCAGGCUCCCACAUCAUACCUAACAAUACUUGGUCACAUGUGGCUUAUGUUUACAAUAUAACAGCGAAAACAAUGUCACUCUAUCUCAAUGGAACUCUUGAAGUAUCAAUUGGGAGUCAUGGGCCCUUUCAGGGAGUACCAUACUCAUUGGAAAUAGGGAAUGUUAUUAAUUAUGGUUCCCUUUCCUUCUCAGGCUGCAUUGAUGAAAUAUCAUUCUAUCCAUUUACACGAACGGUCGCGGAAAUAGCUGCAACUUUUGCAUUGGGAUAA